AGUCCAGAAACUUCACUCAUGUAAAUAACGGCAAUUAUAAAGCUGCAUGGCUACACAGAACAGCGACACGCAGUAUUAGAUACAUUCACCAGUGUUCUCCUACGUUUUUGACAAUGCCGCGGAAAAAGCCAUUUAGUAACAAACAGAAGAAGAAACAGUUGCAGGUCAAACGCGAAAGAAAGAGAGGUGACACAGGUUCUGGCCCAAGCAGCCGCAAUGCCAGCGUGGAGCGAGGAGGAGAGCGUCAGUCCGACACCUCAGAUAGUGAAACCACAGAUAUUAGAAGAAUAAAUCAGCAGCCCUUUGGCAGAGAUGGUAGACAUGAUCCAAACAGGUUUCGGCUUCACUUUGAGAAAGAGAGUAAAGAGGAGGUGAUAAGGAGGAAGAAGCUGGCCAUGGAGACGGUGUUGAAACCGGCUUCUGAUAAAGAACUCGAGGUCAACAUAAAUGAAAUCUACCCUUCAGAGAAAGGUCUUGGCUUCCCGCGACGACCAUCUUGGACUUAUGAGAUGUCUCGAGAGAGCCUAAUGAGGAAAGAGGAGAAGUCAUUCAGAGACUACCUGGAAGAACUGCACUCCAGAAACCCACCGGGCUCUCUCAGCCACUUUGAGCACAAUCUAGAGACAUGGAGACAGCUGUGGAGGGUUUUGGAAAUGUCUGAUGUCAUCCUUGUUAUCGUUGAUAUAAGGCACCCGGUGCUGCAGUUUCCUCCUGAUCUGUACCGUUACAUAACAGCAGACCUGCAUAAGCAGAUGAUUCUGGUGUUGAACAAAGCUGACCUAUGUCCCCCUCCACUGGUGAUUGCCUGGAAACACUACAUGACCUCCCAGUUUCCUCACUUGGAAAUAGUGUGCUUCACAUCCCAUCCUGGGCAAUCCUACAACACAGUGCUGCAGAAGAAAAGGAUGAGAAAGAAGGCUGACUGGAGUCGGCCUGGAGGUCUUAUCGACAUCUUUAAGGCUUGCCAAGAGAUCACAGCCGGAAAAGUUGACCUCUCCAGCUGGGAACAGAAGAUUCACAGAGACGCCGUCGCAGAACGACUGGAUGGAGAGUCACACGAAGACGGAGCUGAGUCAGUGUUAGUAGAGCAUCAGACUGACAGCACUUUAGAGAUGAGCAACCAGGAGCUCUACAAAGAUGGAGUUCUCACAUUAGGCUGUAUAGGUUUUCCUAAUGUUGGUAAAUCAUCUGUAAUAAACAGCCUAGUUGGGAGGAAGGUUGUCAGCGUGUCUCGAACGCCAGGUCACACCAAAUACUUCCAAACCUACUACCUCACCCCGACAGUCAAAAUGUGCGACUGCCCCGGCCUCGUCUUCCCCUCCUGUGUCAAUAAGCAGCUACAGAUUCUAGCAGGUAUUUACCCAGUAGCCCAGCUGCAGGAGCCCUACACUUCAGUCGGUUAUCUUUGUGAGAGGACCCCUUACCUUUCCGUGCUGAAGCUCAAACACCCCAGUUUGCAAGAGAAGGGAUCUCAGCAGGAGCGGCACGGUACUACAGAACCCAGUUGGACUGCAUGGGAGGUGUGUGAAGCUUGGGCAGAGAGGAGAGGCUAUAAAACGGCUAAAGCAGCUCGGAAUGACGUUUAUCGUGCAGCAAAUAGUCUACUAAGGCUGGCGAUUGAUGGCAGACUGUGUCUCUGUCUGAGGCCUCCUGGCUACAGCUGUCUCAAAGAGCAUUGGGAAAACCACCCGGACUUGCCAGAUAUCAUGGCUCUUCAAGGAAGGGCGGCAGAGGAGGAAGGAAGUGCAGAACGGGAAGAUGAAGAGGACGGAGAGUCAAGCUCCGAACCUGAGGAGGAGAGAGACAGGGACGCUGAUGAUGACGAGGACGGCGAUGAUGAAGAUGAGGGAUUUGGACAUCAGGGCCAGAAUGUUAAGAAGCCAUCAGGCUUUACUAUCAACAUGUACAACGUUCUACGGGAAAAAGACUGUGAGUGACAAAAAGAAGAGGAAAGCCGAGAAAUAACAGUUCCUACUUUUCCCAUUCUGCUUCAGAGCACUUUUCAUUCCUUCUUCCCCUUCAGCCUGCAUUCCUUCUCAGUUUAUAACAGUCUGCUUUCUUUCUCUGUCCUUUGCCCUCCCGCACAUCCUACCGAUCACAUUUAUGUAUUCCACACUGUGACUCCGCUCUGCUUGUUUGUCCUCAAACCUCCACCUUCCCUGUUCCGUUAGGAGCGGCUUUAGUUUGAUCGUUUCCAUUUUUUCAUGUUGUCCGUAGAGACAAAUGAGCAAAGAAAUUCCCUGAGCCCGUAGUCGACAACCAAACUGAAAGAAAAGCGACCUCAUGCCAAAGUUUAGAAAAGACGAUGAAAUGAUUCAGAUGCUCAUUUAAUAUGGAAUCAAUCACUCAAGCUGCCUAUUUUGGCUCUAAGAGAGACUGCAGAUUUAAGGACUCUAAAUUUUCUUUAUGGGGCGUAGCAUUUGGUUGAUGGGUGCGGGAAUGAACAUUGGAGAUCCAAACCCACAAAACAAGAACUGAUAAAACCAACUCUUCACGGUUUUACAGUUAGAUAUUUUGCAAGCAUGUCAGCAGGUCAUUAAUCUGAGCAGGGCUUUAGUUUAGUUGAUAAAAAAUGUGAGAGUAACUUUGGAUUUUUGACUCCUGCUGUGCUGGAGGAGGCUUCUUCAGGAUGUAGUGUUUUAACUACUGCAAAUGUCCUUCAGCUGCUGACUGAGACAUUUCAACAAUUAGUGGAAGCAUAUUAAAAUUGUCCGGUUUGAAAACGCGUUGCGUUAUAAAGAGAUUUUGGCAGGGGGGGGGGGAUUUUCAACAGUAAUUAUUACUCUCUUGCAAGGAUGCGUUCAUCUCAACAAAUAGAGACAGCCUUAUUUAUCUGAUACUAUAAAGCAGAUCAUGCUUGUAAAAAUGACCUCUAAAUCUAGUUUUAUACAUCUGUAAUAAAGUUGAGGUUUAAAAGACUUUAAUACUCCGUAAACGCACAGCUCGUGGAUUUAAUUAUUUUUUCAGAUUAAAGAACAUUUUCUUUGUCUUGCUACUUUCACAUGUCGGCUGCUAGUUGCUUGGCCAGCAUUCACACUCCCACCAUCAGCUAGAUGUUGAAACCUGUUGAGAUGUAAACCAUUUCUUUAGCCAGAAAUGGAAACCGAUCACUACAAAUUCCAGUUCAUCACAUCCAAGGACACUAUCUCUCAUUAAUCGGACAUUGUUUUUUAAUGCGAGACAUUUCUUUUAGAUCAAUCUGUUAUUUCUCACCUCUGAUGUUUGACGGCCAUGUUGCCGUUAGUGGUUGCUGCUGUGAGCUCAUUCUUAUUUCAACACACUGCUGGGUUACUUUGCAGUACAGUAAUAUAAGCUGGUUUCUAAAAUCCGAGGUUUGAACAAAGUAUUUUUCUGGUCUGAAUGAGUAAAGAAUAUAUUCUUAUUCUGAGGUUCUAUGGUCAUCAUAUACUGCUUUGUAUCCUCCUUUCCUAGCUUGCUACCUGCCUUCCUUUCUGUCUUUUUUUCAGAUAUUUCCUUCUUUCCUUUAGUGUUAUUCCUUCCUGUCAAUCCUUGGUUUAUCAAGAUUCUUUAUUUAAACCCUGAUCCCUUUCAAAUAUCUGCAGUAGAUUCUUGUUGAAAAUGUCUAGUUUGCAUUUAAUAAAUUUACACAACAGAGAAAUUUGAAAUGUAGUGUCUGAGGUGUUAGUAGGAUCCUGAAUAAAAUCAGAUACAUAACACUACAGUUCUGUUUGAACUUGAUAGGUUUGAGCUGUGCUAUUGAAGAACGUUCUAUAUCUAAAAACAAACAAACAUGAAACACAUGGAGAAUGAGCUGUGAGAAUAACGAAGGGCUCAAGGUGUAUUCAGGCUAUUUUCUGCAUUCCCCAUUUCAUUUCUAGUUUGCCUUAUGACUGGACUGCUUUCUGCAAUUAAAGAAGAAAAGCUUCAAAAAUCUU